GGCAGCUCUUCCACGGAAACCUUUGAGCAAUAAGUGGAGCUUUUCGGCAUUUCAUGGUCAACGCCUCUAUCUGCCUCUGUCAUAGCCUCAUAGGCAUACAGCUAUUGGUUUUGAGUUCGUCUUGGUGGAUCUGGUCUUAAGCAAGGACCCAUUUGAGCAGAUAACAAAUUCGGAUUUUCUGGGCUAAUAUUGUUGGGAAAUCAGCUGAAAUUUUGAUCUGAACGUUGUGAGAGUUCUAUAUUUUAGCUGUAUUUGGUUGAUUCUUGGUGGGUUUUGCUUUAAGCUUGAUUUGAUUCGGUAUUUUGGUGGGUUUGGCGAGGGGUGAUUCUGGGUUUUGUUCCAUUCGUUGUGUUUUGAUUGCGGGUUACAAUUAUUUCGUGUGAAGGGAUUGGUGGAUAGCGGGAAAAGGUGUAGACGCGGAGGUGAUUGGGGAGUUUUGGGGUGUUCUUGAGAGAAAAUUAAUCGGGUGGGGGGAAAAUUGAGGAAAAUUUGAGCAUUUGGUGUGGUUUUAGGCGACGAAGGUUUUGUAGGGUUUUGGUUGUGUGGGAGGUUUAGGCAUUGAUGAAAUGAAAAGGAAAAUAUGUGGUUGAAAUGUGAUUCAAGAACAAAUGGGUGUCACAAGAAGUUGUUUAAUUGCUUUUGUCCUUUUGAUUUGUGUUUGGAGAGCUGCCAGUUCAGGAUUCAGGAAGGAGGCCGAGGAAGUGUUUCAUGGCGAUCAAAUUGGCUCGGGUUCUUGGGAGAUAGAUGAAGACAUGGCACGGCUAUUGUGGAUCAAUUGCAGGCUAGAUUUGUUACAUGUCAAGGAAGCUAUUGAAGAAUUUGACCUGUAUGUCCUGGAGGAGAAGUUGAGUAAAAUCAAUGGGUUCAUUUCUGGAAGUCAGUCAUUGACAAAAGAAAGCAUACAGAAAACUAUCAAAAUCCUGGAUCCACAGAUGAAGGAAACUCUAUUGGAUUGUUUAAGAGAGAAAAAUCUUCCGUUCCGUGUCUCUGGAGAAGAGGGUGUCUCUAAGCAUUGGUACACCAAGUAUCUUGGCUCUCUAUUUUCCAGACUUGAUGUUCCUAGGAGAUAUUUGAGUAAUGAAUUGCUUGUGAGCUAUGCAGAAGCAUCUGCUCCAUCCCCUGUAGGUGGAUUGCCUAAUUCUCCUGCUCCAGAACCAUCCAGCUCUGGGGUUCCUAUUUCUCCGGGUCCUCCUCCGUCUCCAGUUCCACCAUUUUUUCCAUCAGAUUCCCCUGACGCAAGUUCGCAAUCUUCAGACAGUGAUACUUCUGGUUCAAAUGUGACACAAAAUAAGUCCAGCAGUAACAAUAAAUCAGUUGUCAUUGCUGUUGUUGUAACUGCAUCAGUGACAUUUCUUGUUGUUGCACUGCUCUUUUGUUGCUAUCGCAAGGCUCACAGGACUGGCUCAGAAGUUCGAAGAAAUGAUGAGAGGCCCCUUCUCAACUUAAGCAUAAGCGAAUUCUCUAUCGGUUCUUCUCCUAAGGCUUUUGCCUUAGGAAAUCCAGUUAACAAUGAAAAGCUUGGUAAUCAAUCAAUUGGUACUAACCCUGAUCCCAAGAGAGUUUCAUCCUUGGAUGGCAAUUUCUAUGUGGAGCCUGACAUUCUCCAUGUCUCACUAGCUGCAACUCCCUCAUUAGAAACUGUUGCAGGUGCUGACAUCUCCAGUAAAACUAAUGUACAGCCACCGCUUCCUCCUCUCAAGCCUCCUCCUGGAAGGGUGGUUACACCCAGUCCUGGAUUUCUUCCACUAAAACGUCCUCCUGGCAUGUUAGAUUCCCUGCCACCUGAACCACCUGCUCCUCUGAAGCCACCUCCUGGCAAGGCACCUCCUCCUCCUCCACCUGUACCAUCUUCCUCUCUGAAACCUUCUUCUGGUAGCAAUGGUCCCUCUCCUCCACAACCUAAACCUCCUGGCACAAGGCCUGGUCCUCCCCCACCGCCUCCUCCAAAGAGCGGUCCCCCACCACCUCCUCCAAAGAGCAGUGUCCCACCGCCUCCUCCAAAGAGCGGUGUCCCACCGCCACCUCCAAAGAGCGGUGUCCCACCACCGCCUCCAAAGAGCGGUGUCCCACCACCGCCUCCAAAGAGCGGUGUCCCACCACCGCCUCCAAAGAGCGGUGUCCCACCACCGCCUCCAAAGAGCGGUCUCCCAAUGCCACCUCGGCCACCCCAACCUAUAGGUACAGGUUUAAAGGCAUCUCGACCAUCAACUUCUGCGCCAAAUGCUCCUAGUGAAGGAGGUGUCUCAGGGAGUGAAGCUGAUGCUCCUAAGACCAAGCUAAAGCCAUUCUUCUGGGAUAAGGUUCUAGCAAACCCUGAUCAUUCAAUGGUUUGGCAUCAAAUAAAAUCCGGUUCAUUCCAGUUCAGUGAGGAGAUGAUUGAAACUUUAUUUGGGUAUGCUCCUCCAGAAAAAAACAAAACUGUGCGCAAGGAGUCUUCUGCCCAAGAUUCUUCUAGCCAGUAUAUUCAACUUAUCGAUUCAAAAAAAUCACAAAAUUUAGCUAUUCUUCUACGGGCAUUGAAUGUGACAACAGAAGAAUUUUGUGAUGCCAUUCAGGAAGGAAAUGAGCUUCCUGUGGAGCUGCUUCAGACGUUAUUGAAGAUGGCACCCACAGCAGAAGAAGAAUUAAAACUUAGGUUAUUCAGUGGCAACCUUUCCCAACUUGGGCCUGCAGAGCGGUUCCUCAAAGUCUUGGUCGACAUCCCAUUUGCCUUUAAACGGCUUGAAUCAUUACUUUUCAUGGGUUCUCUUCAGGAGGACAUCUCAAUGCUUAAAGAAUCCUUUGCAACUCUAGAGGCUGCUUGUAAGGAACUCAAAAGCAGUCGGCUGUUCCUCAAACUUCUAGAGGCUGUUUUAAAAACCGGCAAUCGCAUGAAUGAUGGAACAUUUCGUGGUGGUGCACAAGCAUUUAAACUUGACACGCUUCUGAAACUAGCAGAUGUAAAGGGAGUAGAUGGCAAGACCACCCUAUUGCACUUUGUUGUUCUGGAGAUAAUUCGCUCUGAAGGUGUACGAGCAGUUCGUGCAGCUAGAGAAAGUCGGAGCUUGUCCAGCAUCAAAUCUGAUGAUCUCCUGGAGGACCCUUCCCAAGAUUCUGAAGAGCACUAUCGUAGCCUUGGUCUUCAGGUGGUUUCAGGAUUGAGUGAUGAGCUUGAAAACGUCAAGAAAGCCUCAGUUUUAGAUACUGAUGGCUUAAAAGAAACUGUCGCCAAAGUCGGCAAUGAACUGCUAAAAACCCGUAAUUUCCUGAAUUCAGAUAUGAGGAAUAUAGACAACAAAAAUGGUUUUUGCCAAACACUAGAGAGUUUUGUGCAGCAUGCUGAGGUUGACAUCACAUGGCUACUGGAGGAAGAAAAAAGAAUAACAGCUUUGGUGAAGAGCACGAUUGAUUACUUCCAUGGGAAUGCAGGGAAGGAUGAGGGCUUGAGAUUGUUUGUUAUAGUUCGGGAUUUCCUAAUAAUGUUAGACAAGGCAUGCAAACAGGUGAGAGAUGCUCCAAAGAAGCCUAGGCCACAGAAGAAAGAGGUUCCUACAGCGCAACCUUCUUCUGAUACCCGGCAGCCAGCUUCUCCUGAUAUUCGCCAGAAGCUUUUUCCGGCGAUAGUGGAUCGGCGGAUGGAUUAUUCUAGUUCAGAUGAGGAGAGUCCUUAGAUUUUUUUGUUGGAAAAGGUGGCACCAAGGUUCUCAUAUGAACAAGAUAGAUGCAUAUUCCAUUUAUUUUUAGGUGUCAUCUAUGGUUGGUGGAUACUAUUUGACUUGAAGCAUCAGCUUGAAAGGGGUUGAGCCAAUUUCACCAUAGUUCUCUUCAAGAUCAAUCUCAGUGAAACAGACACUCGACUCCAGCUGACAUCUUGAUAGUUACCAACAGCACCACUUCCAUCAUAUGGAGGCUCAAUGUGGAAUUGAUCCAUGGAGUCCAUUUUGUGCAUGAUAGUUAGAUUUAACAAUACCUUAAUUUUUUUUUUCUUUGCAUUAUUUUUUGUUUGAUAUUAUUUUGUUCUUGGAACUGAAGGAGAAUCCAGUUGGAUUGUUUAGAACUCUGGAACUCCUUUUACUUCAGUGUACAUCAUUUUAAAUUGACUUCGAUACUUUAGGGUAUGUGUGAAGUUAAAUCAAAUGCAGGAAGAAUGGCCCCUAUUGACCAUUAAAAAUAUAGAAUUGCUCUCUUCUUCCUGGUUCAAA